AUGAAAGUGGUGAAAAGAGUGAAGAAAGAAGGGUGUUAUAUAUUUAGGGAGGCUGGUUUCAAGCGGCUAAAUGUUGAAAUGGAGCAAUGGGAAAUAGGGUGGGAAGGGAGCUUCGUUACUUGGCGUUCACUUCACUGGAAUUCUAUUUUAUAUUUGACAGUGAAAUCUGAAGGUGAAGCUGAUGCGGCGUUUAUGGACUUGAAAAGAGAGGCACUUUUUGAACAUCCAAGGAUCCGAUUCGUUUUGUUGCAAAACAGGCAAGGCAAGAUUCGUCUAGCCAAAUAUUAUGUUCCUCUCGAGGAUUCCGAGAAGCACAAGGUCGAAAAUGAGGUUCAUCGAUUGGUUGUUAACAGAUAUCCAAAGUUUACAUUUUCAUUGAGGUUUCGUACGCACAAGGUAAUUUACUGGCGGUAUGCUGGAUUGUUCUUCUGCUUGUGUGCUAACAUAACGGAUAAUGAGUUCGCGUACUUGGAAAGCAUCCAUUUAUUUGUGGAGAUAUUGGAUCAUUUUUUCAGUAAUGUUUGCGAGCUCGACUUGGUUUUUAAUUUUCAGAAGGUCUAUCUAAUACUUGAUGAAUUCAUUCUUGCCGGAGAGCUUCAAGAAACAAGAAAAAAGGCAAUUAUAGAGAGAAUGGGAGAACUGGAGAAGCUAGAGUAAGGAUGAUUCUGCAUGAAAGAAAGAUGGUGCAAUUUGUGUUGAGUUGUUUCUAUUGUUGCCUGUAUUUUUGUGUUAUUACUAACCAUUUGACAGUGAACGUUGAAAUACUCCUACAAACGUUGUACUCA